UCCCUGCGGGUGGGUGGCUGGGUGAAGCGGAGCCUGCCUUGGGGAGAACUGAGGCGAGGGCCCUUCCUGAGGGGGACUCGUUGAGGGAAACGUGCAAUACGAAUAAGAUGGCCUCUACUACCGACCAGCCCAUGGAGGGCACAUCGGGCAGCAGCCAAACGCGUCCGGAGAAGUUGGUUAAACCCAAGCCGUUGCUGCUGCAACUUCUGAAGCUUGCUGGUGCAGAAAAGGAGACUUUUACUAUGAAGGAGGUAAUGUUCUAUAUUGGUCAAUAUAUUAUGUCUAAACGUUUGUAUGAUGAAAAGCAGCAACAUAUGGUCCACUGUGCAAAUGAUCUUCUGGGUGAUAUCUUUGGAGUACAGAGUUUUUCUAUAAAAGAAUGCAGGCAACUACGUUUGAUGAUUUCUAAAAACCUGACAGCAGUCAGUCAGCAAGGCUCUGGUAAUUUUAACACAUCUGUGAAUCACUCCAGGUGGCAAGUAGAAAAUGGAAAUACCACAAAGGAAUCAGUGCAAGAAUCCAGUGAAGCCAGUUCUUCUAGAAGAACACACAGUGAAACAGGUUCUGGUAAUUUUAACACAUCUGUGAAUCACUCCAGGUGGCAAGUAGAAAAUGGAAAUACUAUAAAGGAAUCGGUGCAAGAAAUCAGUGAAGCCAGUUCUUCUAGGAGAAGAACACACAGUGAAACAGAAGAAAGUCCUUUAGAAGAUAAGAAUGAAAGACUGAAACGGCAUAGAUCAGAAAGCAUUUCCCUUACAUUUGAUGAAAGUCUUUCAUGGUGUGUAGUAAGCGGUUUAUCUUGUGAUCUUAGCAACAUCAGCAGUUCCACAGGCUCUUCAUCAAGUCCGGAUCAUGACAGCUGGCUGGAUGAGGAUUCUGUUUCAGAUCAAUUCAGUGUUGAGUUUGAGGUUGAAUCUAUCUGUUCAGAAAACUACAGUACCAAUGAAGAAGAACCUUGCAUAUUUGUGUAAUUGGAAUCUCUAAACAUUUUCUUACAUCAGAUGUAUGAGGUAACUAUAUAUGAGACUGAAGACAGUGAUGUGGAUUCAUUUGAUGAUGAUCCUGAAAUUUCAUCAGGUGAUUAUUGGAAAUGCUCCAAGUGCAAUAAAAUGAACCCGCCUCUUCCACGCCAUUGCCCAAAAUGCUGGGCUCUUCAGGAAGACUGGCUUCCUGAGAAGAAGACCGAAAAGUCUGUAGAGGGCAAAAUUGAAAUUGACACACCACUGGAUCCUGCAGAGGGCUUUGAUGUUCCUGACUGUAAGAAAGGGAAAACACCUGAAGAUGAUGAAGUGAAGGAAGACUCAGAACAGAGCUCUGAAUCUCAGAAAAGUGAGGACUAUUCUCAGCCAUCUACAUCUAGCAGUAUGCUUUGUGGAAGCCAAGAAGAACCUGAGAACGAAGAGGCUGAAAUCAAAGAAGAAAGCACUGAUUCAGUUUUACCCCUUACUGGUGCGGAGCCCUGUGUCAUAUGCCAAACUCGGCCCAAAAAUGGUUGCAUAGUGCACGGAAGGACAGCCCUCCUGUCAUGUUUCACAUGUGCAAAAAAGUUAAAGAAGCGGAACAAGCCUUGUUUGGUCUGCAGGCAGCCAAUUGAGAGGAUCCUGUUAACUUAUUUUUGCUAGCUGAGAUACAGUACAAGCAGAAUUGCUUCAAGAAUUCCUACAGCCCUAAAAUAAAAUUUUGUACAAAAAAUAUUGAAAGUUUACAAAAGUUUUUAUACCUUCAUCACAGGAUUUUCCUACAAGAGACUUAACAUUGCACUGAAACUGAUGGGUUUAAUUGUAAUGUUCACAACCUCCUUUUUAGCCCCAGUAGCAAACAAUUAGCCCAAGCAAAGUGAUGUAUGGAAGCAUGGCAACAAAUGAACGGAUUUAGUGUUUGUGGUGAGAUCUUUUUAGUCUUAUUCUUGCUGUCCAAAUCUUCUGUUUCUAAAAAUUGCACUCUUUAUUCAGAAAAGAGAUUGAAAUUACAGCAUUUUUUUAAAAAGUGUACUAGCUUCCGCUGUCUUUUCAACCAUGCUUUAAGACUAUAUACAUCUUGCAUUUACAGAAAAAUGAUUUUAGUCAAAAGGCUGUAGGGCAAACCCUGUGCAGAGAGACUCUUGGUCUUGGGCCACUGCAGAUACUACACUGAUAAUAUCUUAACUCUGGUUAAGGGAUCAGAAGCAAGCUGUGGGACUGGGGGUAUUUCUUUCGCCUCCUCUCUGGAAUCCAUUGCACUUUAAGUGGUUAUUAGCAGAAACAGAACCUAUUUCUCUCUCAAGCAUGGUUUGAAUCCAAGGUAGAUGGAAGCCUGGUUAGUGUCUCUUUUUUAAAAUAAAUAUUUUACUUAAGUUUUCGAGAAUACAAAUUAACCUAGUUUCAUUCCCCUUUUAUUGCUUUGUCUUCAUACAUUUUUUCCUCCAUUUGUGUAUAUGAAGACUGUUCAAUCACUUGCAGUUUGGGGUGGCAGGUUGUGCCAGUGCAGCUUUGUUAGUGUUAAUGCCAAUGUUUGCACAUACGUGGUUACGGCAGGAGGAAUGAAUUUGCUCUGGGGCCAGGUAGAAAGCAGCAUUUUAAAUGAAGAGUUAACAGAUUUUCAGCACUAAAUCACCAGUUUCCCUUUCUGGAAGCCUACACCCUUUUGCCAGGCCUGCAACACAGAGCAUUAGAAGUGUUUUUUAAUGGGGGAAAUCAGUAUUCCCUGGAUGAUGGAAAAUAAUAGCUAGUGUGCAAAUUCCAGUGAAGAGUGUUUAAAGGGGUUAUUUGAAUCAUAGCCACCAUAUCUGCAUUUCUCUGCUAAAGGUUUAAAGUCUGUUAAACUGAAAUUAAAUUUUGUUUUCAUCCUCAAAUAUUAUGUGAAAACUUGGUCAAAGAGCAGAUUUUUAAAUGUAUAUUCUUAGUCUCGUUGGCGAGAGACAACAUUCCAUUUUUUCCAGUGUAAUGGGUUUAGUUCAUUUGAGCAAAACAUAAAAUAUUGAAAUUCGGUGCAAUAAAUGUACAAAAUUUGAAUUAAACAAAUCCCCCGUUUUCAGUAAA